CGGCCGUUGGCCGUUCGGAGGGGAGGCGCCAUCUUGGGCCGGGCUGAGCCGGGCGGCGGAGGCGCAGGUCGGUGGAGCGGCGCCCCGGGGGCCGCGCCCCGCCGCCAGCCCCGAGGGCCGAGGCGGGAGCGAGCCCGCCAUGGAGAGCGAGUACUACGGCGGGGAGCAGUCAGAUGACGGUGGAGCUACUCCGGUGCAAGAUGAGAGAGAUUCAGGAUCUGAUGUUGAAGAUGAAGGAAAUGAGCAGCAUUCUGGAUCUGAGAACGGAAGCGUAGGGCACCACUCUGAGAAUGAACACAGUGAUGGAGAAGAGGAUGGGCAAACAGGAGAGCCUCAUAUGACAGACUCUGAAAAUGAAGAUGUACCGAGGCAAAAAGACAGUGACUCAGAUAACGAGGAGCCUCCAAAUCACAAUGCAAGUGAUUCAGACAAUGAAGCAGAUCAUGGAGGGAAAGACAGUGACUCUGAUGCUGAGGACCGUCCAAAUCAGCAUUUAAGUGACUCUGAAAAUGAAGAUGCCUUAAAUCAUCAAGCUAGUGACUCUGAAAAUGGAGAACCUCACAGGGAUCACAGUAGUGACUUUGAAAAUGAGGAAACACAGAAGCAGCCGGCCAGUGACUCGGAGAGUGAGGAGGUCCGCAAGCAGCCGGCCAGUGACUCGGAGAGCGAGUCUGCUCCCAGGCACAAACAAGAAAUAGAGUCUGAUGACAGUGAUGGGGAGGACAGGAAGGAGGAGGUGCAGAAUGAUUCUCAUCAUUCAGAUAACAAACGUGCGAGGGAAGGAUUUCAGGGCUCUGACAGUGAAGAGGAAGGUCCUAAGAGACGAAAAAUCUCAGACAGCGAUGAAGAUGAGAAAGAGGAGAAGACUGUGAAGAGGAAAACAGCCAUCCUUUCUGACAGUGAGGAUGACACUGAGAAAGCACCUGCAAAAAAAGUACGAAUCCUUUCUGAUGUUGAAGAAUCAGAUAGCGAUGCUGCCUCAGAGAAAUCUGAUAAAAGGAAGAAAAAUAUGGUAUCAGAUAGUGAAGAAGAGGAAGAAAGAAAAGAGAAUGCUGGGAAGAAAACAGAAGAGAAAGAUCUGUUUGGCAGUGACAGUGAAUCUGGAAACGAACAAGAGAACCUGAUUGCAGAUAUAUUUGGAGAAUCUGGUGAUGAGGAAGAAGAGGAAUUUACCGGCUUUAACCAGGAGGACUUGGAAGAAGAGAAGGGUGAUGCAGAGAUGAAGGAGACAGCAGAUGAGUCGGACUCUGAUGAUAACAUCAAACGAGGGAAGCAUAUGGACUUCAUGUCCGAUUUUGACAUGAUGCUGCAGCGAAAGAAGAGUAUGAGUGGCAAGCGUAGACGAAACCGCGAUGGUGGAACUUUUAUUAGUGAUGCAGAUGAUGUGGUCAGUGCUAUGAUUGUGAAGAUGAAUGAAGCUGCAGAGGAGGAUCGACAGCUGAAUACACAAAAGAAACCUGCACUAAAGAAAUUAACUUUGCUACCGACUGUAGUUAUGCAUCUUAAAAAGCAGGACCUCAAAGAAACUUUCAUCGAUAGUGGUGUAAUGUCUGCCAUCAAAGAAUGGCUUUCUCCUCUUCCAGACCGAAGUCUGCCAGCACUGAAGAUAAGAGAGGAGCUUCUGAAAAUCCUGCAAGAGCUGCCCAGCGUGAGCCAAGAGACCCUGAAGCACAGUGGAAUUGGAAGAGCUGUGAUGUACCUUUACAAACACCCCAAAGAAUCGAGACCUAACAAAGAUAUGGCAGGGAAGCUAAUCAAUGAAUGGUCUCGACCCAUCUUUGGCCUUACCUCAAACUACAAAGGCAUGACAAGAGAAGAGAGGGAACAGAGAGAUUUGGAACAGAUGCCUCAGCGAAGAAGAUUGAGUAGCUCUGGUGGUCAGACUCCCCGCAGGGAUCUGGAGAAAGUAUUAACAGGAGAGGAAAAGGCUCUUAGACCUGGAGACCCUGGUUUCUGUGCCCGUGCGAGGGUGCCAAUGCCUUCCAACAAGGACUAUGUGGUUAGGCCAAAGUGGAAUGUGGAGAUGGAGUCCUCUAGGUUCCAGGGGACCUCUAAGAAAGGGGUGAGUCGACUGGACAAACAGAUGCGGAAAUUCACAGAUAUCAGGAAAAAAAGCAGAUCGGCCCAUGCAGUGAAAAUCAGCAUUGAGGGCAAUAAGAUGCCAUUGUGACCCUUCACGGAAUACCCCAUGAUCUCUGCUGUAAGACAAUACACCCAUAGACUCUUGGGAGACCUUUAAAUUUUUUAACAACUUUUUUUUUUUCAGUGAAUCUUUAAAUUGUUGGUUCAGGUUCUGGUAUAAGAUAAUGUCCGAGGACUGUGAAUUUGGGGACUUCUUUCUCCUGAUUGUAUUUAAACUUGCUCUAUUGUGUCCUUUGUACAGACCACAUAUUUGUUGUAUUGCAAUACUUUAGACAAUAAAACAUCUGUUUUUUUGGGGGGACUGUC